CAUCAGAUCUCCAGAGAGUACUACAUAGAAGAAAAAAUUCUAAGGAAUCAAUCGAGUUUUCUGUCAAGUCCAAGGAAUAUCCAUGCUUUAACCACAAGCAGGAGAAAAUGAAGCACAUUAUCAAUCUAUAUGAAAACAUCAACGAUACAGCAAGAAAUAACUCUGACUGUCCUCAUGUGGUUUUGCCAGAAGAGAUAUUCUUCACAAUCUCUACUGUCGGGGUUUUGGAAAAUCUGAUUGUUCUUCUGGCUGUGAUCAAGAAUAAGACUCUCCAGUUACCCAUGUACUUUUUCAUCUGCAGCUUGGCCAUUUCUGACAUGUUGGGCAGUUUAUAUAAGAUCUUGGAAAAUAUCCUGAUCUUGUUCAGAAAUAUGGGUUUUAUCAAACCUCAAGGCAAUUUUGAGACCACAGCAGAUGACGUUGUUGACUCACUGUUCAUCCUCUCCCUCCUUGGCUCCGUGUUCAGCCUGUCUAUGAUCGCUGCUGACCGCUACAUUACCAUCUUCCACGCUCUGCAGUACAGCAGCAUUGUGACCACACGCCGUGCCGUCAUCGUGCUGAUGGUCAUCUGGACAUGCUGCAUGGGAAGUGGCAUCGCCAUGGUGACCUUUUCCCACCAUGUGCCUACAGUGAUCACCUUCACAUCAUUGUUCCCUCUGAUGUUGGUCUUUAUCCUGUGUCUCUAUGUGCACAUGUUCUUGCUGGCCCGUUCCCAUGCCAGAAAGAUCUCGGCCCUUCCCAGAGCCAACAUGAAAGGGGCCAUCACACUUACCAUUCUGCUUGGGGUCUUCAUCUUCUGUUGGGCUCCCUUUGUCCUUCAUGUCCUCUUAAUGACAUUCUGCCCAGAUAACCCUUACUGUGCCUGCUACAUGUCCCUCUUCCAGGUGAAUGGCAUGUUGAUCAUGUGCAAUGCAGUCAUCGACCCCUUUAUAUAUGCCUUCCGGAACCCAGAGCUCAGGGAUGCAUUCAAAAAGAUAAUCUUCUGCAAUAAGUACCAGUAAAAUUAUUGAUCUUUGUUUUUAGGAACCACAGGGAUAAUUUUGUUAUGUGACAGAAUAAUGUGAUAUACCAAGAAAUACCCCCCAACUGUCCUUUCCUUCCCUAAUGCACAUGAGAUUAUCCCACUAAAUAGUAUUUGUGAUAGCUUGGUUCUUUGUGAACAGUCUUGCUGUAGGUACAACUUUUAUAACUAGAGAGAUAAAAUAGUGUACUAAAAAGAAGGAUAGAAUACAAGGCAUAUAGAGCAAUACAAAUUUGAGAGCUUCAGGCUAAUGCAAAAGAUGUUCUUCUAUAGCCAAUGACUUGGGUGGCCUCUCCAGGUUGUAGGCCAAUAUAGCUGACUUCUAGAAGAUAAAGUACCAGAAAAAAUACUCAGGGCAGAAACUACAGGGUCUUUAUAAGGAAAAGGUGCCAAUUAAUUGCAGCAGCUGAAUGUGCCUGUCUGCACUGCCAUCAGAACACCUGCCACCCUCUCUCAUGCCUGUAUGCUUUAUUGCAUGCCACCUCAAAUCUUUUUGGAAGCAGGUAGGAUAUACAUCAUAAAUGUCAAAUUGCCAGCUUUGAGCUUUCAGCAAUAAAGGAACCUUCUAUGUUAGUUAUCUUUAUUCAACUCAGGAUCCCACUGGCAUUAAAAUCCUUUCCUGGUUAAAACUCAUGUUUUAGAAGGAAAAUUUUAAAGGAGGAAAUAAAAAUGUAAUCCAUUUGCUUCCUGUGUGGAAAUAAAUAAAAUUGACUGUUUGAAGAAAGUAUAACCAAUCUUUGCAUUCCAAAUGUAAAAGGAAAGGAAAAGAAGCCCCAAGCUCCAAUAUGUAUUUUGUGAAAUAAGGAGAGUGUGUAUGAAUAUUUCCACCAUGCUUUUGGACUAUGGGAAAAACCAAAACCAAAACACCACUUCAGGAACAGUGCUACUAUUGAGACCCAAGCCAGACGCUGAUGGAAAACAUUUUACCUCCUUCCACAGACGAGCCUGAGGGGCAGGUCCAGUCACUGGAAAAUUUCACACUACCAUCAGCCACAGGAAAGAUGCCAGACAUUGAAAAGCAACCAUCCCUGAAAGGAAUAAAAUUAAUGUAAUUUUUAAGUUCAUCCAUUGUUAACAGCAAAAGAUAAAGCUUAAAGAAGGAGUACAUUCUGAUUGUAAACCUUUGCUAAGUUGGAGAGUAACUUAAAGGGAUGAGUGAGGGAAGAAGUAAGGUCUUCAGGUGCAUGGAGUGUGGUUGUUCGGGAUCCAACGAGUGACAGUAUCUCCCGGAAGAGGCAACAAUUGGCCUGAAGAAGUUUUCCCUGAGCUGGUGAAAGAAGCCAGCCACAAACAAGACUGCUGGAAUGGUGAUGAGUUUGACACUGCACAUGGAAAUAGAACAGAACAUAAGAAGCUGAGCAGAGAGCAUGUCAAAAGGAAGACAGUUGGAAGGAUUCUGGGAAAAAGAUGGUGGUAUAAGAAGGCAAGGCAAAAACCUCCUCCCCAAAUCACAUAGAACACAAAAACACAGCAAAUACAACUAAACCUGAAAAUGACCUGAAGACUGCAGAACAGACCACCUACAUCUGGGGAAGAGAAGACCUCCCAGAAAAGGGUAAAGUGGCAAAGCCACAAUCCUGCAGGACCCCCACCUUCCCCCCACCUCAGCCACAAUCAGGAGCAAGAGGAACAGAGCAGGGAGGGAGCAGGAGCCCAGGACCACUGAACACCUGGCCCUGGAGAUAUGCUCCAGGAACACAAACCCACAUUACAUGGUGCUCUGGUGAUUAGUGGGGCUGGACAACAGAGACAGGUGGAACACUCGGGGAAGCUGAGAUUCCAGCCUCUUGUGCAGAACUCUACUGAUCCCCCAAGACAAAAGCAAAGCGGGCAUACUGAAAGACUUCCCAGCAGCAAGAGGGGUGCCAGAGGGACAAGGAUUACACAGUGCUCUCUGCUUAGGAGAAAGGGCAGGUGGACAAUACCUCCCCAGCCCACCCUCAGCCCAACAGGUUAGGAACUCUCAGGAGCUUCAGAGGCUCUGUCCUUGCUGAAAACGCUGCCCCAAGACUCCUCCCUGCAGCCCUCAGCCUUGCUGGCCAGCAGCGCAAUCAGACUUUGCUCUUGGAUAGGCAGAGGGAGACCCUCCCAGCUUGCUCAGCCUCAUUUUGAGCCAGCAUGUGGGGGCCAGCCCCAGGAGUUCAUUUAUUCCAGCAGGCACCAGUCCUGCUCGCCUGCAGCCCCAGCCAUUGCAGCAGGCUGGACAGACUGGCUCUGCCCACAGCAGCUCAAGCAGUGCAGCACCAAGGCUCCUCCCUGCACACAGCCCACUUGACCUGACAAUGGAAGCAGGUGCUACAGCCAGCAAGGCAGAGGGAAGAUGCUUCCAGCUUUCUCAGCCCUGUUUUGGCCCAGCCACAGAAAUACUGUAGAAGCCAGUCCCGGGAGAUCCUUUCUCCCAGCAGGCACCUAUCCCACUUGCCUGUGCUCCCCCACCCCCACCCCGCUAUUGCUACAGGCCCGGUGGGGGCAGCUCUACCCCCAACUGCAACUCCAGCAUCCAGCUCUGAGUAGUCUCCCUGCUCACGUGAUCAGCCAUUGGCCUACACAGCCACACAGCCCACCUGACAUCAGAUCACUGCGAGCCAGACAGAAAGGUGUCCCGCCCACUGCACACCAACAGCUGAGGUUCCAGCACAGGAAAUUGAGUUCUGGGCACUAGAGGGCGCCCCCUACACAAAGUUACUAUUCCAUAGGAAAAAAAAAACAAACAAACAAACGAAGAGGCAGAGGAAUUCAGUCCAAACAAACCACAAAACACAAGACAGGGUUGAGUGAAAUUGAAAUCACCAAUAUUCUUGAUAAAAGGCACAAAGUAAAAGUCGUAAACAUGCUCACAGAUCUACAGGAAAAUAUUCAAGAUCUCAGGAAGGACCUCAACAAAAAUAUAGAAGAUCACUAAAAAAGACACUCAUAGAGAUGAAGAAUACAGUAUCCAAAAUGAAAAAAACAAUGGAAAGAAUUAAAAGCAAGAUUACACAGUUUUAAGCAGUUGUAAAUGAUCUGGAAAUUAGGGAGCAAGAAAACAAUGAAGCUGAAAAAGAGAGAAAAGGAUCUCUAGGAAUGAAAGAAUAAUAAGAGAACUGUGUUACCAAUCCAAACAGAGCAGUAUUUGCAUUAUUGAGGUAUCAGAAGAAGAAGAGAGAGCAAAGUGAUAAAGUCUCUUUGAGGAAAUAAUUGUUGAAAACUUCCCCAGUCUGGGGAAGGAAGUAGAUACUCAGGUCAUGGAAGCACAGAGAGCCCCUAACCAAAGGGGAGACAGUAGAAGGCAUGUUGCAGACACCAGCCUUGCAGAUGGCAGACAAAAUAGCAGUUAAUCAGGUCUGGAGAAAUCCCUCCCUCACCACAUGGAUGAUGCUAUUCUAAUGCAUAUUAACUUCAUUUACUAAUGUAAAAUGCUAUAUGUGAGUUUAUUUUCAUAAAAUCUAAAGCACACCCCUCUCAAUGAUUUUUUAAAUGUUAUUUCUAUCAUUAAAAGAAUAACAUAAGGCACA